AUGGCCUUUUUAAAGACUUGUUUUCUUGAAAUAAACAUAUUUGAAUCUACUACUAAUGACACUGAGCGAACCAAUGAACAAGAACUUCAUUCAAAUAGAAUUGCGACUCGAAUCUAUUUUCUAAUUCUUAUUCUAUGUCUUGUUAUCUUUGGUUCAAUAUUUUGGUUAAGACAUCAAAUAACUUUAGAGUUUAUUGAAUAUCCAAUCAUAGACCAAUUUGAAUCAUUACCGAUUGAUGCAAAUUGUCCAUGUUCUCAUAGUUCAUUAGGAUAUGGUGAAUUUAUUUCAUUAGAAAUAACAUUUCAUCAAGUUUGUUCAAGUGAAUUUGUAUCUGAUCGUUGGAUAAAAACACUUCAUUUUGGAUUAAACUCAACAUAUUUUCAUAUAAAUGAUAUUCGAACAUAUGGCAGUGCUCAAUUUCAAGCACUUGCUGGUUUUUGUCGUUUAACAAAAACCAAUGUUUAUCAAAAUAUUUUAUUAUUUAAUCAAACUCUAUUAAUUAGUCCACAAGUAAUAACAAAAGAUAUAUUUCAAUCACAAAUUUCAUCAAUAAUUGAACAAUUUCAAUUAAAUUUACCAAUUACAUUUCUAUCACAAUUACAAUUAAUACGUGAAAUAACAAGAAGUAAUCGAUUAUUAUCAGGAUUACAGACAAAUCUCUUUUUUACAUUUAAUAAUGUUAUUGGACAAUCAUUUCAAGCAGUACUCACUCGUAUUGGUUAUAUAAGUAGCAAUGGAUCUCAAUGCAAUUGUUAUACUACAAUUGAUUGUAUAGGACCCUCUAUAAUUCUUGAUUCAUUUGAUGAAUCUAAUCAACUUGUUUUUAAUCAAAGUAAAAUAUUAAUGGAAAUUCCUGGAUUUCUUUCUGGUUGUUUACCUGUUAAUAAUAUUCUUUUAUCAACACUUGAAUGUUUUUAUAAUCAGACAUGUUUAAAUCAACUUCUUUUCUAUCUUUCGUCAAAUGAAACUUUUACAGCAAUGAAUACAUUUCAACAAAGUCAAUUUCAUCUCGAUUCAACUAUACAAACACUACUUAAUAAUCUAAUGAUUGAAAAUUGGAUAAAAACUAUCUCGUAUGAAAAGUAUUAUCAACAAUGUGCACCUUUAUUUUGUAGUUAUUCACAAAUAAAAAGACAUGAUUUUAGAUUUGUUCUAGAAAAACUACUAAGUUUACUUAAAGGAUUAACAAUUAUACUUGGAUUCUUCAUUCCAAGAAUAGUUCGAUAUAUCCAACGAAAACGUCAUGGUAUACAAACACCAAAAGUUUCGUUUUGUAAUCGUUUGUAUCAGCUUAAAGAUCGUCUAAUAAAAAAAUUGCUCAAUAUGAAUAUAUAUAUAAAUAAUUCAACUGAUCAGCAAGAAAUUCAAUAUGAAAUUUAUGCCACACGAAUCUAUAUAGUUCUAUUAAUUCUAUCAUUAAUUAUUGUAGCUAUGUAUACUUUAUUAAUUAAGGAAAUUCAUCGUAAAAUAAUACAAAAUCCAACAGAAUUUGAAUAUAUUCAAUUAGAAGAAAUUUAUUUCAAUAGUUUAUCAUGUCCAUGUCAGUCUACUUCGAUAGCCUAUAGAAAUAUUUUAAAUUUUGAUGUUCAAUAUCAUCAGAUAUGUUCAAGUGAUUUUCUAUCUAAUGAAUGGAUCGAUUAUACAACAUAUUCUUCUCAAUCAAUUGAUCUAUUUUAUUACGUUCUUGACUUUCGAAAUUAUGUUACAAUACAUUUUCAAUCUUUAUUAAUGUUUUGUCAACAAGCAAAACAAACAUUUGAAUAUAAUAAAAAGAAUUUUCUUCAAACACAAUUAAUUAAUUCUCAACUUUUAUCUCCAAAUCUAUUUGAAACUGAAAUAAACGUUUCUAUUGAAAUCUGGCAAACAAAUCUACUUAAUCAAUUUACGCAUACAAUUCAAUUCAUUUUAGCAACAACACGUGGAAACCAAUUAAUAAAUGAACAAAAUGUAGCAUUUUAUAAAAAUUCCGAUGUUAACAAAUUCAUACUUAUACAAUUACUUUAUAAUGAUUGUUUUUGUGGAUUUAAUCAAUCAUGUUAUUCUUCAAUGAGCAUUUAUAAUAAAAGUGAAUCUUAUGGUUAUUAUCCAUUAUAUACAAUUCCCAAUUUUAAUAUCGGUUGUUUUUUAAUUGAUGCUUUACUUACAUCAACAUUAGAAUGUUUUUAUAAUUUCUCAUGUUUAUAUGAAAUUGAUAAAUAUAUGUGGAAAUCUCUUGGAGAAUUAUUUCAUUUUAAUCCUUUAAAUUCUAAUCUGAAUUCUCCAAAUGAAACUAUUGAAAUAAUUCUUAAUCGACUUAUGAUUGAUAAAUGGAUAAUAAACAAAUCUUUUUCAUCUUAUUAUAAGACAUGUGCACCUUUAUCAUGCACAAUUGAAUAUAUUGGAUAUAAUGAUAUUUUAUUUGUUCUUAUAACAAUAACUGGCCUCUUUGGAAGUUUAUCAUUUAUUUGGAAAAUAUUCAUUUGGAUUAUUUUAAAAUUGAUUAUUACGAAAAAAAAUCGAAUAUAUCGUUUAAAUUUUAAACAUUUUAUUAAAAAUAUUUUUAUUGUUCAUGAUGAAUACGGAAUUAUUCAAAGAAUUUCGAUUCUUUUAGUUAUUUCUAUUCUUUGUAUUCUUUAUUUAUUUUUAGUCUUAACAUAUGAAGUAAAUUAUAUGACAAUUGAUAAACCAUCAUUAGAUAUUUAUCAAAAUUUAUUUCAAUCUUAUUCAAAAUCACUUCAAUGUUUAUGUAAACAUUUUUCAAUACAAUAUCAAACAUUUCUUGAUAUAAAAUAUCAUUUUCAUCAAAUAUGUUCAAGUGAUUUUAUAUCAGAUCGUUGGAUAGAAUAUAUCUAUAGCAAUACUUAUUAUAUUUAUCUCGUAUAUCCAAGAUAUUUUACAUAUUCAACAAGUGGACAAUUUCAAUUACUUCAAAUAUUUUGUCAAUUAUCACAUCAAUUUGUUAAUGAUACAUUUUUGCAACUUCUAACUAGUUAUUUUAUUAAUAUUCAAUUAUUAUCAUUUGAUACAUUUCAUCAACGGAUUCAAAUGCAAAUUAAUCAAUCACAACUAGAAAUGUCAUAUUUAUUUACUAAUAUUCUUUCUUUAAUUCGUGAAACAACUCAUGCUAAUAUGUUAAUGACUGCAUUCGCUAGUAGUUGGACAUUAAUAAAUCCAUUAGAAAUCAUAAGUGAUUCAACUAUACAUACAAAACCCCAAAUUUAUCAAGAAUGUUAUUGUAGUUUAUCAUCAAAAUGUAUUGAAUCAUAUAAAGAUAUGUAUGUUGGUUGUUAUUCAUUAGAAACUUUAUUUCAAUCAACAUUUCAAUGUUAUUAUAAUCAGCAAUGUAUUGAUAAAACAAAUAGAUAUCAAGCUAUGAAUACGUCCAUAAAAAGUCGUUUUGAUUUUAAUACAACUAUUGAAGAUAUUUUAAAUCAUUUAAUGAUUGAAGAAUAUUUUAAUGAAAUAUCCUAUGAAAAUUAUUUUAAUCAAUGUUCACCAUUAUAUUGUUCUUAUUCAUUGACAAAAAAGAAAACUUUUAUUCAAUGUAUUACAUUUCUUCUUGAGAUUUAUGGAGGUUUAUUUGUUAUUUGUUAUUGUGUUGCCGUUCUUCUUGUUAAAAUCUGCUUUUAUCGAAAACAAAUAAUAACACCAACAACAAGAAAUUAA